GAGGGCUGCGCGCUCCCGCCGCAAGAGAAGUGAACGCGCUCGAGGGGCUGCGGUCCCAUUGACGGUUCCGUCUCCCUGACAGCAGCAUCAGCAUCAAUAUCAGCGGCGGCGCUGGAAAACAAGAAGUCGCCGCCUCGCCCCGCAGCCACACAGCCAGCCCACUGGACCGAGCGGAGACCUGAGCCGCCUCCAGGGGACCCCCCCCUCUCUGCCUGGCCUGAAGGAAGGAACCGAGAUCCCGCUCCCGUGUGCCAUCAUCCCGCACGACCGCCGGAGACAUGGGCUCCCCGUAAAGCGGAGGUGGUGGAGGGGAGAGGCGGGCGGGCGGGCGGUGGGAGGGGGGUGGGGGGAGAAGACAGCGGAGCAGCAAGAGGGAGAAAGAGAGGCUGAAAACGGCCACCGGGAACCGAAGCGCUACCACCACCGCUGCUGCUACUACUACUACCACAGCUAGCACCGACACUGCUGCCGCCGCCGCCGCCGCCCUGGGUGCCCCCCGCCACCACCAUGGGAACUCCGCAUCAGUCUCUCCAACCGCCGCUUUGUCCGUGGCCCAUGUCGUGAUCCGUGGGCUCCGCCAGCGGGUUUUCUAUCCGUGAUCCCGACCGAGGCGAGGAGGAGGAGGAAGACGAGGAGGAGGAGGAGGCAGGGAGGGAGGGGAGGUGGUGGUGCUGGGGAAGAUGUUCGCCUCGGUGGGCCCUCGGGGCGGCCCGCGCCCACCCGUAGCCCCGGCUAUCCCGGAGCCGGACCUGAGCCAUCUGACGGAGGAUGAGAGGAAGAUCAUCAUGGCUGUGCUGGCUCGGCAGCGGGAGGAGGAGGCGAAGGAGGAGGCCAUGUUAAAAGAAGAGCAGCCUAUCAAAGCAAGAACGGUGAACCUGGUUGGGCAGAAGAAACCGCAGCAGCAAAAUGACGUCCGAGGUAUCCAGCAGCAGUUGUCCAGCUACAGGGAGACGGUGAUCCGGCAGGCCACGGUGGCAGCGGGCUCGGCCGUUCACCGGGACGACGCGCCAACCUGCGGCAUCUGUCACAAGACCAAAUUCGCAGAUGGCUGCGGGAACCUGUGCUCGUACUGCCAGACCAAGUUCUGCGCCCGCUGUGGGGGGCGAGUGUCGCUGCGCUCCAACACGGAGGACAAAGUGGUGAUCUGGGUGUGUAAUAACUGCCGGAAGCAGCAGGAGAUCCUGACCAAGCCGGGCGAGUGGUUCACCGGUCAGGCUGGGAAACCCGCUGGCCUCGGUUCAGCCGUCAGCGAGCCGUCUGUGUGCCAAACGCUCGGGGACAAGAAGCUCCGCUCUCGUUCCCAAGCACCCCCGGGCUCCACCACCGCGAUCCAAGACCCCAACCGACCCAGCGCACCUGGGGCCACACCUGGCACCGAUGCCCGGUCACGCAGCGAACCGCCACGAGACACGAGAAAUGGAAGGGGAGGAGGAGGAGCUGGUCGCGGAGAGCGCCGGCCAGGUCAGGCCAGACUGCAGACCCAGGUCUCCAUGGACCGGGACAUGCGGGGGGAGUCCAGGGAGCGCAGCCGGCGGCUGACAAAGGGACGCUCUCUGGAGCAUGAUCCUGUGGGGGGAAAUGGUGGCGUAAGACGGACAGAAGAGGGGGGCUACCACCACAUGGACCACAGCGGUGCCCCCCCUCGCCAAGCAGGGCCGGUCCCUCCUGGAGGCCGGGGCCACCCUUGGCCUGUGCAGGGUCGUGGCACAGGCGUAGUAGGGGAUGUUGGGGAUGGCGUGCGGCCUGGUCAGAGGACGGUGGGUGGGGUUGGCGGGCCACAUGAACACACCCUUGCUCAGCAGCCCCCUCCCCCUGAACUCAGAGAGCCUGGCUUGAACCCCGGCCAGGGACCCGUAGCGAGACGGACCAAACGGGAGAAGGCUGAGAGCAUGCUGCGCAAUGAUUCGCUCAGCUCUGACCAAUCGGAAUCUCUGCGUCCGCCACCGCCAAGGCCCUACAAGUUGAAACGGGGGCUGGGGGCCGGAGUGAAGAGGCAAACCAGCGUCAGCAGCUCAGAGGAGGAGGGAGGGACCACGCCCGAGUACAGCAGCUGUGAGGACGCUGAGAUCGAAAGUGUCAGCGAGAGAGGUGACUGGGAGUGCUACCCCCAUGACCCCACUGUAUGGCAUCAUCCUGUAACCUGGCAGCCGUCCAAGGAGGGAGACCAUCUGAUUGGAAGAAUCACCCUCAGCAAACGGAGCGCCACCAUGCCUAAAGAAGCCGGAGCACUGCUGGGGUUAAAGGUGGUGGGAGGCAGAAUAACAGAGUCAGGGAGAUUAGGUGCCUUCAUCACUAAAGUCAAGAAGGGAAGCCUGGCUGACGUGGUGGGACAUCUCAGAGCAGGGGAUGAAGUUUUGCAGUGGAACGGGAAGCUGUUACCGGGGGCGACCAUGAAGGAAGUUUACAACAUUAUCCUGGAAUCUCAAGCUGAGCCUCAAGUGGAGCUGGUGGUAUCCAGGCCUAUUGGGGUGUAUAGAAAAUAUCAUGAUAUCCCAAGAAUCCCCGACACGUCCCACCCUCCAUUAGAAUCUACAGGUUCCAGUUCUUUUGAGUCCCAGAAGAUGGAGAGACCGUCCUUAAAUGUCCUGUCUCCCUCCAGUCCAGGGAUGCUCCGAGAUGCUCCACAGUUAAUGCCAGGGCAACUCUCAGUGAAGCUGUGGUAUGACAAAGUGGGUCAUCAGCUAAUAGUCAACGUGAUGCAGGCAGCAGAGCUUCCUCUUCGGCCUGACGGGCGUCCCAGGAGCCCCUACGUCAAAAUGUACUUCCUCCCUGACCGCAGUGACAAGAGCAAACGAAGGACAAAAACUAUGAAGAAGACCUGUGAGCCCAAGUGGAACCAGACGUUCGUCUACUCUCAUGUCCAUCGCAGGGAUUUCCGCAACCACAUGCUGGAGCUGACUAUAUGGGACCAACCCAGGUCACCGGAAGAGGACAGCACCUUUAUGGGAGAGAUCCUGAUAGAGCUGGAGACGGCCUUACUGGACGACAAGCCUCACUUAUAUCCACUCCAAACCCAUGAUGUCUCAUCCAUACCGCUGCCCCGACCCUCCCCGUACCUGCCCCGGCGACACGCAGACCCCCCUGGCAAGAAGCUGCAGCGUUCUCAGCGUGUAACAGAGCCUGAAUUUGAUGAAGGUACAACAGUAAUGUCGAAAGCAGCAGAUGGGCGUGGCAGGGAGAGGCAGCGAGAGUCCACGUCUACCCUGGAGGUGCCGGACCUGCAGAGGACGCCCUCCCAUCACAUACGUUCCCGCUCGGUCUCCCCACACCGUGAGGAGCAGGGACGAAUCCGCUCACGGCCACCCAACGUUCCCGCCCAGAGGAGUCUGGAUAAUGAGCUCCCUCACGCUCGUCGUUCCCGUUCUCCGGCCCGUUACUAUGACACCGCCAGAGGCCGCCACCGUGAGCAGGAGUACCUGGAUGACAGCAGUGAGGUCAUCAUGAUCCACCAGUCAAUGCGAGGCAAAAGUGCCGAGUGCCUCCACACCAGGAGAUCUACUAGGCACAAUAACACACUGCCACCUAAGAUGCCCCUUUUGUUCAACGGUAUCCCCAAACAUAUAAACAGUGAUCUGCAGCCUUCUCUGGACAGGGUUAGGAGCGCUAGCGCCAACUGUCUGACUCCAGACAAUCAUGCCCCCUCACCAGAGACUGAAAGAAAAUCUUUGUCCCAUUCCCUGCCCCGGAGACGUCCGGCAAGCCCCAGGAUUCUUAUCCAACAUGCUUCCCCUGAAGAUGACAGAAUAUGGAUGCCACUUCCUACUCAAGAGACUUUAAUUCACAUCAGUACAAAGAAGAGGCAGCCUCGGACCUUGGAGAUACCUGUGUGUCAGGCUCUUGGCAGGAAGCUCCCUGACAAUGGCAGGGGCCACCUCCAAGGUGGUGCGUCUCUUUCCUCCUCAGUGACGUCCUCCUCAGCCCGAAGAUCGAGGCAACUACCACAGCUUCCCCCCCAGAGCAGCACCGUAGAACAAGCCCUGGUAGCAGAGGAGUGUGUUCGUCAGCUCCAGAUGAGGGUUCAUUCCAACCGGGCAUCAGCUGCUGUCACCACCUCCAGCCAGCAGGACCUGGACCGAGCCCUCAAGAACAAACGGGAGCUCUACAAGGACCAGAGGAGGAGCAGUGAGAACAUUUCCCAUAAGUCCUCAGACAGUGAUGUCAGCGACGUGUCAGCCAUCUCUCGAACCAGCAGUGCCUCUCGCAUCAGUAGCACCAGCUACAUGUCCAUCCAAUCAGAGAGACCCCGGGGACGCUUCAGCAGGGCCAUGCGCGCAACAGGCCGCCACAUGAUGAAGAGCACCAGCGUGAGCGGUGAGAUCUACGGCAUGGAGCACACCGACGGCAGCCAAUCAGACACAGCGCUCGGGAGCCUGGGAAGCGGGAUCAAGAAGCGACGCUCGAGCCUCAGCCAACGUGUUGUUGCCAUCCUGCCAUCCAGACGCAGCCGGAGUACCUCACAACUCAGCCAGACAGAGGCGGCGGGUAAGGCGGCGGACAGACAGAAAGCGGCUUCAACAGGUAAGAAGGUGGGCAAAGGCGGCAGCAGCAUCCAGAGGAGCGUGGAGACGGGCAUGGCUGUGGAAUACCCACGGGGAGGGUCGGGCAUGAACCGGCAGGCCAGCAGAGAGUCGACUGAUGGCAGCAUGAACAGCUACAGCUCUGAGGGGAAUCUGAUCUUCUCAGGUAUGCGGUUGGGUGCCGACAGUCAGUUCAGUGACUUCCUGGAUGGUUUAGGCCCCGGUCAGCUGGUUGGCCGGCAAACACUGGCCACACCUGCCAUGGGUGAUGUUCAGAUCGGUUUGAUGGAUAAGAAAGGUCAGCUGGAGGUGGAGGUGAUCAGGGCACGAGGCCUUACCCCCAAACCAGGCUCCAAAUCCCUCCCAGCUCCCUAUGUCAAGGUGUACCUGCUGGAUCAUGGAAGUUGUAAAGCCAAAAAGAAAACCAAGAUUGCACGCAAGACGCUAGAGCCGCUCUACCAGCAGCACCUGCUCUUUGAGGAGAGUCCCCAGGGAAAGGUGCUUCAGGUGAUAGUAUGGGGCGACUAUGGACGAUUGGAUCACAAAUGUUUCAUGGGUGUAGCACAGAUCUUGUUGGAGGAGCUGGACCUGUCAAGUACGGUGAUUGGCUGGUACAGACUGUUUCCGCCGUCCUCAUUAGUGGACCCUACGUUAGCUCCGCUCACGCGGCUGGCGUCUCAGACGUCGCUGGACUGCUCAGGACCGCCACCGGGCGUUCGGUCCUAGUGACCGAGUGGCGAGUGCAAAACCUUCCCCCAAAUAUCCCUCAAAGUGACAAAACAAUGGACCACAGCUGCUGGACCAGAACUGAGCCGAGGGCGAGAACACGGCCCCCGAGGACAACAGCGACAAAGCCCUCUUGGUCAACCAAUGAAAAGCCAGACGAAGCAACAGGGAUUUAGAGAGAGAGAGAGAGAGAGAGAGACUGAACUAGCCAAUCAAAGCUUAGCUGGAGUCUGACAAUCACGUCUCACACCUUCCCACUUCCUCCUCCGUAUGCCUUUUUGUUUGCAAAGCUUUGCUGACUUUGUUUUCUCCUCUGGGCUGCAGCAGCAGCGGAGGUUUCUGUCCAACAUUCUUCACUUCCCGCUACUGUCUUUCUUUUCUCCUUACUUCCUUGUGAAGCCCUUUAUCAGAGCACCCGAUCACAGUGGAAAGUCCUCCACCUUAGUAGCCCUCCGGGCCAAUCAGAGUAGAGCUUGCUGCCAGGCCACGGGCAGAUGAGCUGGGUGAACAUCGUGCGGGAGUUAGUAAGUAGUAAACAGUUCAUUCGGCUGUACCGUCGCGUAGAGGUUUUGCUGUUGUCUCUACCGGUGUUACCGGGGUCGUAAAUGAGCACGAGCGGUUUGGCACGGUUUGGUAACCUCUUUAGAUGAAGGGAGCGUGAACACCCACGUGCACAUUCUUAGCCUUGUCGUGACACGAGAAAGCAAGCACAAGGAAAGCUUGACUCCUUUAUUCGGACAGAAUACAAGUUUUGCUCUUCGGGGAAACAGAGGAAAGAAAAUAAAGGCCAAAUUUGCUUUUUUUUCAUUUGGAAUCCUUUUUUCUGUCUUUGUUUAGAGUUCAGAAUGGUACCAAAAGGUGCAGACUCCCUCUGUGUAUGUGAAUGUUAUUUUUUAUUUUUUUUCGAGCGAUGAUGCGCCAAUGGCCGACAAUAAAGGCCAGGUCCCAUUCGCCCCGAACACCCUUUGCCCAACCCUCACCCCACACGCCCCCACCCUCUGGUUUCCUCCCCUUCCUGACCCUUCAAACUCCCCCUGUAGGAGGGAGCAGCAUGACUCUGGGACGCCCCGGGCCCCAAGCUGCAUGCACGUUUCUUUUGUUCUGUUUGUUUCGUUAUUCUUUGUUUUGUUCUCUACUUUUUUGUAAAAUAGAAGACGAGACAAAAAUUUACGAACAAUUCUCAAAAAAAUUAAAACAGAAAAAAAGACUAGACUAUGUGUGUUAGUCCCACAUACUUUUAGGCCAGCUUGUAUGUUGCAUGUUCUUGUACAGUUUGCUCGUACUGAAUAUGAAUACAAUCCGAGAAAAGCCAAGCCAUCCCCGCCCCCUAACAGGAGCGGACCAAUAAAGGGGGGGGGGGAUCAAAAUCCGCCCAGGCCACGCCUUCCACUCUGGGUCUAAAUAUCCAUAUUAGGAAUUCUCCGGAAGUUUUUUUUUUUUUUCUUUGUUUCAGUUUUUACUUCGAAACCCUUUGAACAACAGUGCUGUUCUGUAGUACUGAGCAUACUCGAGCCCCUGGCGUAUGUGAGGGUGUAGCUGUCUAAACUGUAGUUUAACACAGUCGGGGCUAGAGACAGAGAUAGAGAAUGUGUGUAUAACAGCUAAAUGUAUAUGACCUAUAAUUAUGAGUUUGACAGAAGUUAUAAAGAUAUAGAUAAAUGAAUAUAAAAAAAAGAGUUUCUGACUGUACACCCGUCACCGACACACACACACGCGCACCUUGUACAUACAAACCAGGAUGAGGCUUGAACAUAAGUUAUGAACAAACAAAAACAUCGCUGACACACAAACAUUCCUGGUCUUGUUGAAGGGAAUUUGCGUCCUGUGGAUGUGCUCGAGCCGCUGAGCGGCACUGAGCCACAAGGAGGCGCUAAUAGGCCUUUAUUUUUGUCCCAGUUGCAGAAAAUCAUGCAGAACCAAUUGGAACAAAGUUUAUUUUCUUCUCCUUAAAUCCCCUUUCCCCCUAUGUAUUACUAUUGGUUUGGACUGGACUUCUAAAGCCAAUAAGAAUCUGAUUUUGCAGACAUUUUUGCGGAUAUUUCUGUUGAAAUCCUUGGCGGUGUGGCCGACUGCCCUUUCCUUUGUCAGUAUUACUCCAGGAAUACUGAUUGUUUACAGCCCAUGGCUCCCCACUCCCAAACCACGAUUUUAGACGAAAGACUAAGUAUUCACUGCAACAGUUCUUGUUUGUAUAACAGAUGUGGCUCUACUGAUGUGUAUGUUUUAUAUUCAAGAGUUCAUUUUUAUUAUUUACAAAUAAAAGACUGUGGAAGAAGA